AUGGCCACCUCUGAAAUUCCCGAGCACUCUGACAUUCUCGUCAUCGGUGGAGGACCAGCUGGAUCUUAUGCCGCCGCUGCGCUGGCUCGUGAGGGCUACGAGGUCACACUGCUGGAGAAAGACCACUUCCCGCGGUACCACAUUGGCGAGAGCAUGCUGCCCUCGUGCCGGCCAUUCAUGCGCUUCAUCGACGUGGAGCAAAAAGUUGUGGACUUCGGUUUCCUCGUCAAGGUUGGUGCCGCAUUCAAGUUCAAUCACAACAAACGCGAAGGCUACACCGACUUCAUCAAUCCGAACCCCAACAACGCCGCGUGGAACGUUACACGGGCUGAUUUCGACGAGCUCCUUCUUCGCAACGCCGCCCAGCAAGGUGCCCGUGUAGUCGAGGGGGUCACCGUCGGCGCAAUUAAGUUUGCGGACCCCGACGUCGAGCCCACAAAGCUUCAGCCCGUGUCGCUGGAAUGGAAGACCGACAAGGGCACCACCGGCGAAACCAAGUUUAAGUACCUGGUUGACGCCUCGGGCCGAAACGGAUUGAUGUCGACGCGCUAUCUGAAGAACCGCAACUUCAACAAGGCGCUGCGGAGCGUGGCUUAUUGGGGAUACUGGACGGGUCAGGACAUGUAUGCGCCAGGAACGAGUCGGGAGAAUGCGACUUGGUUGGAGGCGUUGACGGACGAGAGUGGCUGGGUGUGGUUCAUUCCGCUGACCGGCAAAGUCUCCGUUGGCAUCGUCAUGAAGGAAGAAAUUGCGAAGGAGAAGAAGAAGGCAUUCACUGGCCCCAACGCCAUGCUGGACUUCUACCACAGCCAGCUCCAGUUCGUGCCGGGUGUUACCAAGCUCCUCAAACCCGCGACAUUCCAAGGCGAAGUCAUGACUGCCGGAGACUACAGUUACUCCGCACCCGUCCACGCCGGCCCGAACUACCGCAUCGCUGGCGACGCUGGCGCUUUCAUUGACCCAUACUUCUCAUCCGGCGUUCAUCUCGCUUUCAACGGUGGUCUUACAGCAGCUGCCACGAUUGGUGCUUCGAUUCGGGGCGACUGCACCGAGGAAGAGGCUGCCAAAUUCCACACAGCGAAAGUCGGCGCCUCCUACACCCGAUUCAUGAUGGUCGUCCUGGCCGCCUACCGCCAGAUCUUGCACCAGAGCGCGUCUGUUCUGACGGAUGUCGAAGAGGACAACUAUGACCGGGCCUUCUCUUUCAUUCGACCUGUCAUCCAAGGCAUGGCCGACACCAACAAAGGUGUAACAGAGGACAUGCUGCAGUCGACCAUGGACUUCUGCGAGCACGCAAUGGGCAUGACCGAUCCAGAAAUGCAUGCCGAGGUCGCCAAACGUGUUGACCCGAAACUUCUCGAGCAUGAGGGCGACGACGAGGAGAUGGAGGUCGUAUUAAGACGUGUCCAGGCUCGCAAGACAUUGGAGGCGCUGCAUUGGCAGCCGAACUUCCGUGGCGAAUUCUUUGAGGGGCUUGGCAUUCGUCUCGAGCGAGGAAAGUUGGGCCUGAAGCGUGAAGAGGGCCAGUAG